AUGGCAGAUCCAGUUCUUCACCCACAUUCAGAAACCCAACCACUAAAAGAAAUCGCAAUCGACUACACCCCAGAACUCUGUUCCCACUGUCCCAUUUCCAACAGAAUAACCCUUACCUACGACCACCGCGGCGGUUCACGGUGGCGAUCCACAACCCGUUUCCUCCACGGCACCUGCACCGCCAAAAUCCAAUCCCCAAAAGGAAACACAAGCGGCCUCAACUUCAACCUCUACCUUUCCUCCCUCGAAGGCGAUAAUUCCCAAGACGAAAUCGACUUCGAGUUUCUCGGCAAAGACACCACAAUCGUUCAAACAAACUAUUUCUCUAACGGUACUGGAAACAGGGAACAGAUUCAUGAACUCGGUUUUGAUUCGUCUGAUGGGUUUCAUGAAUAUGGAAUCAAGUGGGGUUCGGAGUUGAUUGAGUGGUUGAUUGAUGGGAAUGUUGUGAGGAGGGAGGAGAAGAAGGAAGGUGAAGGGUUUCCUGAAAAGGCUAUGUUUUUGUAUGCUUCUGUUUGGGAUGCUAGUUAUAUUGCUGAUGGAAUGUGGGCAGGGAAGUAUCAUGGGACUGAUGCUCCUUAUGUUUGUCUUUAUAAGGAUAUUCAUGUACCUUUGACUAAUGCUGUUUGA